AUGGCGCCCCCGAAAACGAAUAAAGCGGAGCCUGAAGACUCGGAUGUGUCUGAUGUAUCCGACAUCGAACAGUCCGACGCCGAAGACCGCGCUCCCAAGCGCCGUCGUCUCUCGGAGUCAUCCAACGACUCCUACGUCGCACCUACGCCGCUCCCCACUCUCUCACGUAUUAAAAAGAAGGGCGAGGUAGUCGACGAACCUGAAGAGGAGGAAGAGGAACCAGUCACAAUCGCCGACGCUAUUGAGCUUGGACGCACUAGCGAUCACUCUACUUUCUCAACACUCGAUGUGGCGCCAUGGCUUGUCGCUUCAUUAUCGACACUGUCAAUCAAGCGGCCGACUGCUAUUCAGAAGGCUUGUAUUCCUGAAAUUCUGAAGGGAAAGGACUGUAUCGGAGGAAGUCGAACCGGUUCCGGAAAGACCAUGGCCUUUGCGGUCCCGAUCAUGCAGCAAUGGUCGUUGAACCCUUUUGGCAUUUACGCUCUGAUUUUGACCCCGACUCGUGAACUUGCUCUCCAAAUUUACGAACAAUUUAGAGCCGUCUCCGCCCCGCAAAAUAUGAAGCCCAUCCUCGUUGUUGGAGGUAUGGAUAUGCGACAACAAGCUAUUGCCCUGGCAAACCGGCCUCAUGUCGUCAUUGCAACCCCCGGUCGACUCGCUGAUCACAUCAAGACCUCCGGAGAAGAUACCGUUGCCGGCCUCCGUCGUGUCAAGAUGGUUGUUCUGGAUGAAGCCGAUCGUCUUCUGGCCAGUGGCCCAGGCAGCAUGCUUCCAGAUGUGGAAACAUGUCUCGGGGCUUUGCCACCCUCUUCCGAGCGUCAAACCCUUCUGUUUACGGCCACCAUGACCGCCGAGGUGCGAGCAUUGAAAGACAUGCCCGCGGCAGGCGACAAGCCCCCAAUCUUCAUGACCGAGAUUGGCACCGAGAACCAAGGCAAGAUCCCGCCAACCCUCAAACAGUCCUACCUGAAGGUCCCCAUGACACACCGUGAGGCAUUCCUGCACGCGCUGCUCUCCACCGAAGAAAACGUCACCAAACCCGUCAUCGUCUUCUGCAACCACACAAAAACAUGCGAUCUACUCGAGCGCCUUCUCCGCCGUCUGGGCCACCGCAUCACCUCUCUCCACAGUAUCCUUCCUCAAUCCGAGCGCACGGCCAAUCUGGCCCGUUUCCGAGCCACCGCGGCCCGCAUCCUGGUUGCCACGGACGUCGCCUCGCGUGGUCUCGAUAUUCCCUCCGUCAGCCUGGUCGUUAACUUCGACGUCCCGCGCAACCCGGACGACUACGUGCACCGUGUUGGUCGUACUGCGCGUGCGGGACGAAGUGGUGAGGCCGUCACGCUGGUUGGACAACGUGAUGUCGAGCUCAUUCUUGCGAUUGAGGAGCGUGUUGGUCGGCAGAUGGGAGAGUUCGAGCAAGAAGGUGUCAAUAUCGAGAGCCGUGUUGUUCGUACCGGUGUGCUCAAGGAGGUUGGCUCUGCUAAGCGCGAGGCCAUGGGUGAGAUUGAAGAGGGGAGAGAUAUCCUUGGAAGAAAACGCAACAAGCUCAAGAAGGUCCGGUGA